GAGAAUGCUGAAAGGCCAGGGUAUGUCAACCCCGCAACAUCCAAGAAUUGCACAGAUUCUAUUGACGAAUCAGCCAACCGCAACCGACUUACCCUUCACAACAAAAACAGCCGUCGAGUGGCGAAACCUAAGGGAAGUCCGUUCCAGCGCUUACUCAACUCCACUAAAACACCCUCCCACUUGUAG